UCCACACACACACCAACACACAGAGGCAUGAUAUGGUCCGGGGCACUCAGCUGUGCAUAUUUCUCUUAGAGGGGUCGAGGAGCAAUUGUCAAGACAUGGACUUUAGCCAAAAGAGGGAAUGAAAACUGCUUGACUGCUCAGACUGGACGCUUUAUCACUCACAGCCGACCUUGGAGAACUCAAAGGGGGGAAGUGAAAUUGGGUGAGGCAAGCAUACAUCCAUUUUCAUAAUGGCAAUCCCAAAUGACCGAUUCAUUUUCAACUCCACCUCCUCCCCCGACACAACGAUAGAGGUCUUUCUCAACACCUCUAUAGCCCAACUCAACUGCACAGACUGGCCACGUACCAACACGACCACAGUCAUCCCCGCCAUCUACAGCGUUAUCUGCGUGCUUGGAGUCAUAGGCAACACCCUGGCAGUGUGGGUGUUGGCUCAUGGCAGCGCCUCAAGGAGAACUGUGGCUAACACUUUCAUGCUGAACCUGUGUUUGUCUGACCUGCUGUUCCUACUGUCUCUCCCGCUGUGGGCUGUCUACUACUCCCAGGGCUACAGCUGGCCCUUUGGCCAGGUGGCUUGCAAAAUCUGCGGGGCUCUGCACAACCUCAACCUCUACGCCUCCAUCUUCUUCAUCACGUGCAUGAGCAUAGACCGCUACCUGGCUAUCGUGCGUCCGCUUCGCUCCCAGAGUUCACGGCACACCGAACGUGCCCAGCUCACAUGCAUCCUGGUGUGGGUGCUGGCAUGUGCUUGCUCGGUCCCAACCUUGAUUCUGAGGAAAACGUACUACCUGGAGCCCCUUGACGUGAUGGCCUGUGUGAUUCACUAUCCUGAUGAUACCUGGUAUCUGACCCUGAUCUGGAUGAAGAUUGUUCUGGCCUUCCUGCUGCCGCUGUUUGUCAUCUCUUGUUGUUACGGGGCUAUUGGCCGCCAUUUGUUGGCAGACUCAGGGUUGGCGAGAAUGCAGAAUCACUCACACCCCCCCAACAUGCCCUCUCUUAAAUCAACAGAGUCCAAGGAGGGCUGCAGUAAACCUGAGAGACCCCCGACACCCUGUGUGAGCCCCAGCUCCAGCGGGGGCAGACCCCUGGAGGGCAGGGGGCUGGAGCGGGUGUUGUGGACAGUAGCUGCUGUUGUCUUGGCCUUCUUCAUCUGCUGGUUCCCCUUCCACUGCGUGACCUUCAUGGACCUGCUGAGGAACAUGGGCUGGUUGAACAGCUGCCGGGUGAACUGGGCCAUUGAAAACCUCACGCCCCUGACCCUCUGCUUGGGCUUCUCCAACUCAGCUUUCAACCCCGUGCUCUACUGCUUCAUCGGAAACCAUUUCCGGGGUCGCCUCGGGACGCUCUGCAAGGGCAUGUGUUCUCGUGUGAAGACCCGGGUGGAAGAUCACAGCCAGAAGAGGGGCUCCUUCAGCACCAGGCUGAGCUCCUUCUCUCGAAAGCUCAGUGACCUGAAAGAUCUGGCGGUUGUGGAGCCGUCUGGUCCUGCUUAACCAGGCUGCAGAUGGGAGGCUUUCCCCUCCCUCCACUGGCUUCACACCCCAAAAAGUGAUGCCAGCGUCAAGUGACUGCUGAACUCCAAUUAGCAUGGAUGUGUGAGAUGGAGCUGUUACUAUAACUGACGGGGUAAAAUCCCAGCAGAGCUCAAUGUGGCUCAACAAAGACAGAAAAUGUAAUUUAACAAAAGAUGAAGCUGAGAACAAAAAUGGUUUAAAUUGUUAAAGCUGGUUUACACCAUGUACACUUUAUAUUCCAUACCUUUAUUGCAGAUGUUAGACUAUGUCUCCAGUCAGACUGAGUCACAAAUGUGCUGACUUUAAACACGACUUGGCAAAAUCAAAAAAAGACUUGCAGCUCGACCUCGACCUGAAUACCAGAGACUUGUGACUUCACUUGGGCUUGAACCUUUUGACUUGAAAGUACUGGAUACCUUUCAUCAGGCUUAGCUUAUCAAAUUAAGCUUCUAGUUUUGCUAACUACUUCGAUUCCACUGUUGAAAUACAUAUUGUAGA